AUUUAUUUGAGAUGGUAUCUGGCAACAGCGUUUCAAAGGAGAAAGUUUUAUUCAACUGCAUCUAGCGUAACAUUGAAAAUGUUGAGAAGACUGAAAGUAAUGUGAGUGGAAUCGCUCCAAUAUGGUCUACAAAAGUUACCCCGAUUACAAGUAUAUAAAAGUAUACAGUGGCUCUGAGGAAAUUUUUAACGACAUACAAAACCACCACGAGACGUCCUAUUUAAAUAUCCGGGAUUUAAUAAUGACUAAAGGAAAACGAAAAAAGCGAACGUGGAUUAUCGCCGGUGUCGUGUGCGUGGUAGUGGUAGCCCUAGUAGUAGCAGCCAUAGUUUUACUAACGAACGGGGAAGACGACGAAAAGGGCAAAGACAAACCGGCGGCUCAAGAGCCAACUCUGGCUUUAGAGGACCUCCUCCAAGGCAAAGUCAACCCCAACUCGUUCAACGCCACUUGGGUUUCAGACAAAGACCUACUUUAUACCGACGCUAGUGGAGAUUUAAUUCUGUACACCCUGAGUUCGAACAGUAACGCUUCCAAAAUUCUCCUGCCGGCCAAAGAUUCGAUACUAGGAGGGAAUAAUUUUGAAAUAUCCGCCGAUAAAAACUACUUAAAAGUUGCCCACGGUUUUCAGAAAAUUUAUCGUCACAGCUACAGAGCGAAAUAUACUAUAAUUAACUUGAAUAAUAACGAACGCACUGAAUUGCAUGUCGGUGAUAACCGCGAUUUUCUACUAGCAGUGUGGGCUCCGGUCGGUAACGCCUUAGCUUUUGUUUUCGAAAAUAACAUUUAUUAUAAACCGCGGGUCGAGUCCGAUGAGCAAAUUCAAAUCACAAAGGACGGCACUUUCAUUAACAAUGGCAUCCCCGACUGGGUGUACGAGGAAGAGGUUUUUAGCUCCAACAAGGCGUUGUGGUUCUCCCCCGAUGGCACUAAACUAGCCUAUGGAAGGUUUGACGACACGCAGGUGCCGCUUAUGGUACUGCCCAUCUACGGCGAGCCUGGCAAUCGCAUUUUCCAGUACCCACGGGCGCAAGUCAUCAAAUAUCCCAAGACAGGAACCCGAAAUCCCACAGUUUCCUUGCACUGCGUCGACUUAAAUAACGUGACUGAUAUUAAAAAAUUAGAUCCGCCCAAAGACUUAGCCGGCUCGCAACAGCCAAUUCUAACAACUGUCUCGUGGGCCACCGACAACGUCGUGUCCGCCAUUUGGAUGAACAGGGUUCAGAACAACGCAUUCAUUGUCACUUACACCAUAACACCCGACUCCUACCAGUUGGAGACGAUUCGCAACUUGAAUCAGCCGUCCGGUUGGCUGGAGCUGUUCACGGCCCCCUUGUGGUCCAAAGACGGCUCAAAACUAGCCCUCAUCCUGUCGCACGACCAAGGCAAUGACUUGGGGAGCUACCGACACGUUGUGAUGCUGUCGCGGACUGAAAACUCCCCCAGCGAGCCCCUGACUAGGGGAACCUUCGUUGUCACGGAGCUUUUAGGGUGGAACCACGAGCAGAACAAAAUCUUUUACUUAGCUAACACUGAAGCAGAUCCCGCCGUCCAGCACCUGUACAGUGUCUCAGUCGAGAGCAAACGAACCGAGUGUCUCUCCUGCGGGGUCAAAUCCAAGAACAAACGCCAGGAGUGUUUGUACAAUGUCGCGGAAUUCAGCAAAGACGCCUCGCAUUAUGUGCUAACUUGCGCGGGGCCUGACGUCCCAGACAUUGCGCUUUAUUCGUUGGAGAAAAAGCUUCUGGACUGGGACGACAAUAAGGAUUUGCAGGAACUAUUAGGCGAUAAAGUGCUGCCGACCGUAAAACGGACCACUUUCAAGGUCGAGGGCGGGUUUGAAGCCCAAGUCACCCUGAAGUUGCCCCCGAACAUGGACACCAGCGGCGAGACCAAAUAUCCAAUGCUCCUUAACGUUUAUGCAGGGCCUGAUUCCUUCCAAGUGGUCGAGAAAUUCAACGUGGACUGGGGGAGUUACCUAGCGGCCAACAAAAGCAUCAUUUACGCGACUAUCGAUGGGCGAAGCUCCGGCCUCAAGGGCGAUAAAAUGCUUUUUGCGUCGUACAGACACUUGGGAACUGUUGAAAUUGAAGACCAGAUUAAUGUCACAAAGCAAAUUCAGGACACGUUCAAGUUCGUUGAUAAAUCAAGAACUGCAGUUUGGGGUUGGAGCUAUGGGGGGUAUGCCUCUGGGAUGAUCUUAGCGAACGAUAACAGUAGUGUUUUCAAAUGUGGGAUUUCGGUGGCGCCUGUUACAGACUGGACACUUUAUGAUUCGAUUUACACUGAGCGGUUCAUGGGCCUGCCCUCCAUCGAGGACAAUUACCAGGGCUACCGCAGGGCCAAUCUUUUGCUAAAAUCUGAAGGAAUUCGCGACAAGCAGUAUUUUCUGAUCCAUGGGACGUACGACGAUAACGUCCAUUACCAACAGUCGAUGUUAUGGGCCCGUGUUUUAGAACAGAACGAUAUUUUGUUCAGGCAAUUGAGUUAUCCCGAUGAAGACCACGGUUUGGCAUCAGUCCGUCCACACUUGUACCACUCGCUGGAAGAUUUCCUCGAUGAAUGUUUUAUAGAAAAAGAAAAAUAGUUCAAUUCUUUCCAUCACUUACGUUAGACUGUGUGACACAAAAACUAGUCAAGAAAUUGUUAAUCGAUGUCUUACUUUUGCCAGGGUAUCUAUGUUGUUGUAGAUCUCAAAAUAACUGUACAUAUUUUAUUUUGUCAGAACUGUAUAUAAGUAUAUUUUAUAUUAAGACAAUUUCUUUGUUACUGUGUAAUUAAUACUUUUGUGUAAAAUGAUUUUUGAAUUAAAUAUACUAUUAAAUAAU